UGACGCCACCGGAAGCCGGAGGGCGGUCCCAACAAGCGAGGGGGCGUUGUCGGGAUGGUUCCGCUGCCGGCGGAGCCCGGCGUGCGGCUCUGAGGCCGGCUGCUGCAGAGGGAGAGGAGGCGGUGGAGCGGAGAGCGGCCUCCGAAGGCCUCUUGACUGGUUUAGCAUGGACCCCGUUGCCACCCACAGCUGCCACCUCCUUCAGCAACUGCACGAGCAGCGUAUUCAGGGCCUACUUUGUGACUGUAUGUUGGUGGUGAAAGGAGUCUGCUUUAAAGCACAUAAAAAUGUUCUAGCAGCUUUCAGCCAGUAUUUUAGGAGCCUCUUUCAGAAUUCUUCAAGCCAGAAGAAUGAUGUUUUUCACUUGGACAUUAAGAAUGUCAGUGGCAUAGGGCAGAUCCUGGACUUUAUGUACACGUCUCGUUUAGAUCUCAACCAGGACAAUGUACAAGUGAUGCUGGACACAGCACAGUGUUUGCAGGUCCAAAAUGUCCUCGAUCUGUGCCACACGUUUUUAAAAUCGGCUACUGUAGAACAGCCUCCUGGCAUGCCUUGUAAUAGUACAUUCUCCCUACAAAGCACUCUCACCCCUGAUGCUACUUGUGUUGUCAAUGAAAACUACCCUUCUCAUUUACUGCAAGAGUGUUCUGCAGAUGUACAGCAUAAUAAAGUUUUAGAUGAAUCAAAUUCUCAUGUUCCACCAUCAGUUAAUCUUCAUCAUUCCACAAGUGAAAUAGCAAAACAAGCCCCUGACACUUUAGAUGGCAGCUGUGCAGAACUGCCUUUCAAACAGCCAAAUUACUAUUACAAACUCAGAAACUUUUACAGUAAGCAGUACUAUAAGGACACUUCUUGUCCCAGUUACGAGCGAGUUGUCGAGCAGCCUUUGACUUUGAGUUCCUCCACAGACCUCAGUGCAGUAGAAAGCCAGCCCUGUGCUGCCAGCCAUUCCCAGUGCAUCCUAGAGUCUUCGGAGCACUUGCCUUCCAACUUCCUGUCCCAGCCUUUGAGUGACUCUGCCCCAGACCCUGAAUCAGACACCACGUAUCCACAACCUACCAAACAGAUGAGGCUCAAAAAGGCUAUUCACCCGAAGAAACUCAAUUUCCUAAAGUCACAGAAAUCAGCAGAACAAACAUCAGAACCCAAGUUGGAUGAUGGCUUAACAAAGAGGACGGCAUCUGCUGGUGAAAAUACCACAGAGAAAGCUAGCAGCCAAUGUACUGCCGAAAAGGAAAGCGAAGAACUCGUAAGCUGCGAGGAUUUUAAUUGCAUUAGUGAAAUGGAGAGACCAGAGGACCCUGCAGCACUGGAAGACCAGUCCCAGACACUUCAGUCACAGAGACAAUAUGCAUGUGAAUUGUGUGGGAAACCUUUUAAACACCCAAGCAAUUUGGAGCUUCACAAACGGUCUCAUACAGGUGAGAAACCUUUUGAAUGUAACAUUUGUGGGAAACAUUUCUCUCAGGCAGGUAACUUGCAGACUCACUUACGUCGGCAUUCUGGUGAAAAACCAUACAUCUGCGAAAUCUGUGGGAAAAGGUUUGCAGCCUCUGGCGAUGUCCAGCGUCACAUUAUCAUUCACUCAGGAGAAAAACCACACUUGUGUGACAUCUGUGGUCGAGGGUUUAGUAACUUCAGUAAUUUGAAGGAGCACAAAAAGACACACACGGCUGAUAAAGUCUUCACCUGUGAUGAAUGUGGAAAGUCUUUUAAUAUGCAAAGGAAGUUAGUAAAACACAGAAUCCGGCACACGGGUGAGCGGCCUUACAGCUGUUCUGCCUGUGGAAAAUGUUUUGGGGGAUCAGGUGACCUCCGCAGGCACGUCCGCACCCACACUGGGGAAAAGCCAUACACGUGUGAGGUCUGUGACAAGUGCUUCACCCGCUCCGCCGUGCUGCGGCGGCACAAGAAGAUGCACUGCAAAGCCACCGGCGCCAGCCCAGACGAGCUGGAUGAGUUCAGCCAAGCCAUGGAGACCUCCAAUCUCGAGAGAUCUCAGAGCUCAGACUCUUUUUCCCAAGACACGUCCGUGACGUUGAUGCCAGUGUCAGUUAAAGUCCCCAUCAACCCAGUGGAAAAUUCCAUAACAGAAUUUGAUAGCCACUCUUCCAGCUCCUAUUGUAAGUUACAGUCCAUGAUUGAACCUCAUGCAGUUAGUGACCAGGAGAAACUCGGCUUGGGUCCUGUUAAACUGGCCAAGCCCCAGAUGCAGCAGACACAGCACCAGGCGUUCGCUUACUCACACGUGGACACCUCAGCCGGCAACGGGCCGCUGCAGGCUGAUGGCAUGUCCAUGGUUCGCUCAUCUCUGGCUGCCUUGGACAACCACUGCAGCGACCCCCUGGGCAGUCGUGCGUCUUCCACAGCUUACAGGAACUCAGAGGGACAGUUUUUCUCCAGCAUGACUCUCUGGGGGCUAGCAAUGAAGACGCUGCAGAAUGAAAAUGAGUUGGACCAGUGAUGUCUACGCCAGCGUCUGUCAGCGUUACAGUCUUUUUCUCAGUUUGGCGGACUGGUCUCCGGCUUCAAGAGAGAACCAUUUUCCCUAUGACUGGUCCCUUCUCACUAGCCAGAGAAUAUUUAGAUAAUUUCCCUUCUGAAGGUGGCUGAUAAUUUGAAGCACCUGGAGCUCAGGUUUGGGACGAAAGGCCUGCUGCUCACCACCGAGCAGGUGCCAGGGUGGGGGCUUGCAGCGCAGAAGCCAAAGGCUUAGAAAGACUGUCUCAUUCACUUUAGCUAGCACGAGAGUCUGAUACUUUGUGUCAACUACUGUAUAUUUUGGUCAUAUUAAAGGAAUUAUAUAUGUAUAGUAAUACAAAUAUUUUUGCAUUUUUACAAGAUUAAUAUUUGUAGCAUUUUAUAUUUUUAAAUAUUUACACAGAUUUUAUUUGUAUAUGAAACUCAUACUAUAAUUUAAUUUGAAUAAAUGAAACUUACUUUUGUAUAUA